ACAGUGACUGGAGUAGCUCAGUAGCACAGCUCCUAUCGCCAUGCUGACUCUGGUCAGAAUUGCCAGGCAGCAGGUGUUCCGAGCCUCUGUGAUCAGGGCUCAGAAGUCAAAGUUUGCUCUUCCCAGCACAGUUGUCAUUCCCAUACAACUCCAGGGGAAUCGUUGGCGUAGUGACGAAAGUGAGCUGAAGAGGCAAAUGAAAGCAGAGAAGAAGGCAGCAGAGAAAGAGUCUAAGAUCAAAGAACAGGUGGAGCAGAAGCAAGAGACCGAUGACAAAGGGGAUCAGAACUACUGUGCAGAUGAGGAGACUCUGGACCCUAAUCAAUAUUACAAGAUACGGACCCAAGCCAUCCAAGCACUGAAGGGCACCGCAGAGGAUCCAUACCCUCACAAGUUCAAUGUGGACCUUUCGCUCACAGAGUUCAUUGAGAAAUACAGCCACUUACAACCCGGGGAGCAGCUAACAGACAUUGUCCUCAGUGUGUCUGGUCGCAUUCAUGCAAAAAGAGCCUCAGGUGCCAAGCUGCUGUUCUAUGAUUUGCGAGGGGAAGGAGUCAAGCUUCAGGUGAUGGCAAACUCCAGGAACUAUAAGUCAGAAGAGGAAUUUACACGCAUCAAUUCCAAGUUGCGCCGUGGUGACAUCAUUGGUGUCCGUGGUAACCCUGGGAAGACCAAGAAGGGAGAGCUGAGUAUCAUUCCCAUUGAGAUAACCCUACUGUCCCCCUGUCUCCACAUGCUGCCACAUCUGCACUUUGGCCUCAAGGACAAGGAAACACGGUUCCGUCAGCGGUAUCUGGACCUGAUCUUAAAUGACUUUGUGAGGCAAAAGUUUGUGACACGUGCGAAGAUCAUCACCUACCUGCGCAGCUUUCUUGACCAAAUGGGCUUUCUGGAGAUUGAGACGCCCAUGAUGAACCUUAUACCAGGAGGUGCAGUGGCCCGACCUUUCAUCACCUAUCACAACGAACUGGACAUGAACCUCUACAUGAGGAUCGCCCCGGAGCUCUACCACAAGAUGCUGGUGGUUGGAGGAAUUGACCGUGUUUAUGAGGUUGGGCGGCAGUUCCGAAACGAGGGCAUUGACCUUACCCACAAUCCUGAGUUCACAACCUGUGAGUUCUACAUGGCCUAUGCAGACUACCAUGACCUGAUGGAGAUCACAGAAAAGCUGCUCUCAGGAAUGGUCAAGCACAUCACAGGUGGAUACACGGUGACCUAUCACCCAGAUGGUCCUGAAGGGCAGGCCUACGAGAUAGACUUCACACCCCCAUUCAGGAGGAUAAGCAUGGUUCAUGAGCUGGAGAAGGCGAUGGGUGUGAAAUUCCCAGCGCCAGACACCUAUGACAGCAAUGAGACCCGCAAGUUCUUUGAUGAGCUGUGCAACCAGAAGGGUGUAGAGUGUCCCCCUCCAAGAACCACUGCCCGCCUUCUCGACAAGCUGGUUGGAGACUUCCUGGAGGUUACCUGUAUCAACCCCACUUUCAUCUGUGAUCACCCGCAGAUUAUGAGUCCCCUGGCCAAGUGGCACAGAUCACAGAAAGGGCUGACUGAGCGCUUUGAACUCUUUGUGAUGAAGAAGGAGAUUUGCAAUGCCUACACUGAGCUGAAUGACCCAAUCAGACAGAGGGAGCUUUUUGAACAGCAGGCCAAGGCAAAGGCAGAGGGCGACGAUGAGGCCAUGUUCAUCGAUGAGACUUUCUGUACUGCACUGGAGUAUGGCCUGCCACCUACUGCUGGCUGGGGCAUGGGCAUUGACCGCCUCACCAUGUUCCUCACAGACUCCAACAACAUUAAGGAAGUCUUGCUCUUCCCUGCAAUGAAACCUGAUGACAACAAGACAUCUCCACCCACUGAGGGCACCUCUGUGUAACACUGUAACCCUUGGUUAUCCUUGCCAGCAGAGAGAACGCUGUUGGAUAUGGAUCUAAUGUGGGAAAGGGAUCUGACUGUUCUAUUUGCUUCUUGGUGCAGAUUGUCUAUCUUCUGAUUAUCAAAUGUGGCACUUGAGGGUAAUGGUCUAGCAGCUUUGCGCUUGAAGGGAAGAAUUAAUUUUACAUAUAAUUUCCUAAAAACGAAUCUAUAUAUGGAGUGAAGAUCUUAUAUCUCUUUAUUUUUAUUUUAGAAAUGUGUUUGUUAAGUUUAUAAGUGUUAUUUUGCUUUUGGUGAUAU